AUGCACGACUCGGAAACAAGCCCGGUGGGGCGACUGGACGAGUAUAUCCGAAGCUUCGAGCAGAAGUAUGGCGCUGUUCCAGUUGAGCUCCAGACGAACGACUUGCAAAGUUCUGUUGGCAGCUUUGUGGAACCGCUGGCCUUGCGGCAGAGUCGUGAGGACAAGCCGGAUCCGCCAGACGGCCUUCGCAAUGUCCAAUCCAGCCCAGCACGCGAGCUUUCGUCGCUGCCGGUUAGAACGACUACACCGAGAUAUCCAUGGCAGGUAGCCCCGUCGGAGCCUGUACGGGCCUUACCCUUCAAACUCCGAACCAAGGGGCUGGAAGCGUUUGUGCCCCAUGUCCCAGCGGCAACAAGCAGCUACAAGGCGCCGUCUGGAUUUGCCAGCGACUUCUCAACAGCCUGUGGCUCUUCCAGCCUGGGCCUGGGCCUGAAGCCUUCAGAAGCAGAUCCUCCUAUGCCUGACAAGUCAGCAACGGCCCUGGAUAUUUCAAGCAUGGACCUUUCACACCUGAGCAUGCCUCCUCUCUUUGAAAGAAGCUCCAUGUUCAAUCCGGUACCAGAGUGGGAUUCAAGCCGUGUCAGUCAGCGGAGUUUUUCACAGGUGCCUGCGCCUUUGCCGCAGUCCUCUUUUUGCAGCCUUGCUGCACGGUCCAGCUUCGUGACUGAUGCAACUUCCUCGAGCUUGGGCUUUGCACCAGGUGACCGAGGCGACCCGGGCUUCGCCCCCUGCGCACGUUUGCAAAGGGCUCGUGCCGCCAGCAACCCACCGAAGCUGCAGCUCGCGGGCCCAAGUGGCGUACGACACCGACUUGCGCAUAAUGCACCCAGGCCCAGGCCUUCGAGCCCGAACCUGAACCUGGGCUCCCCCUCCCCUGCCAACCAUCGGCUCACAAUCGGGAGCAGCCCUUGCAGAGUCUCCUCCCAGGAUCCUCCCUUGGCGCCCCGCCAGGCAGUGCCCAAAGCCCAGAAAGCUGUGGGCGGCCAAGGCUCUGGCCCUCUGGAGUCUGGGCCGCCCCAGCUGUCUCCCCCGCGCAAGAAGAGCGCUGGCAGUGCCGGGCCACUGCCUUCAAGAGCAUCGCCAUCUUUGAAAGAUGCAGCGGUCCAGUUUGAGCAUGGUGAGCGGAGUGCUGCCAGGGAGGCACAAGACGAAGUGAACUGUCAAAGCCCGAAGGUUCCUCAAAGACCUCUGCAGUCCUUCGCUGCUCGGUCUUGCGAGAUUGCCGUGCAGACGGAGAGCAUCGCUGCAGCUACCGAUUCCAACACUGCUCCAAGGCUUCAAGUUGAGCCGAUUGCUGCAGUGGCCCAUUUUCCUGAGGCGCCGUUUCAAACGAACGGCAAAGGGGAGCAACGCGACGAGCCGUCGCGCGACAACGGCUUGUGGAAUUCCAUGAGCCCCCUGUCUCAAAACAGCGCGCCAAGGCGUGAACUUGCUGAAGGGGUUUCUCUCAGCCAAGACGAUUUGACACAAAUGAGUGCUUUGUGCACCCCUGAGAAGCUCUGGUUUUCUGCCAUGAAGGAUGACACGCCGGACUUCGGUGGCGACAUUGCUAGCGCACGCGCUUCGAGCUUGUGGCAGGGUUCGUUCAACACCCGGCCGAUCGGGCUCGGCAUGGAGCACGAUGUGGCCCAAAGCCUCGACGGCCCUUGUGGCAGACUGGCAUCACCCCCUUCUGCAGAGAUGUCCCACACCAAUGCAGAGAUGGAGCAGUUAAACCAGCAACUGCUGAGAGCCCUGGCUCGUGCAAUGACUCACUUGCGCCGAAUGCAAAGUUUGUCUCUGCCAACGAGCUGGAACACGCCGCAUGAUGCCUAA